CCUACGGCCCCAGCAGCCCAGCCCAGCAGGCAGCAGCCAGCCGGCUCGGCUCUCUCCUCCUUCGUCUUCCUUCUCUCUCUCUCUCUCCUCCUCUGCCGAGCUGCCAAGGUCGGAGGACUAUUAAUGGCGGCGUAGCGUAGCUCCCCUGCCCACCCUUCCGUCCCCUCCCCCAUGCACUCCCCUCCUCCUCGGCUUGCCGCCGCAGAGCGAGCGUAAAUGCCCCCGCGCGCACCAGCUCGCCCGAUCCAAUGCCCCAUUAUUACCACGACGACGACCACCCCGCUAGCCAGCAGCCACUAGCAAGCUGAAAGCGCGGCAACCUCCCAGGAUAAAAACGGCCGGAGGGAACUCGAUUCGCCUUCAUCUGUAGCUAUUUUGCACGCCACACCAUCCUCCGAGGUGCGUCUGAAUGGCGGCGACGACACGGCGUCGUGGGGCGGCGGUUGCCGCGGCGAGCGUUCGUCUACUGGUAGCGAUCACCAGCUGCGCGCUGCUGGCUGGCGGUGCCGUCGCUGCCGGCGCCGGCGCCGGAGUGGAGGAGUGCGAGGAGAGGGCGCGCAGCGACCGCGUCGAGGCGCUGCCGGGGCAGCCGCCCGUGGCGUUCGCGCAGUACUCCGGGUACGUGACGGUGAACGAGGAGCGCGGCCGCGCGCUCUUCUACUGGCUCACCGAGGCCGACGGCGACGCGGCCACCAAGCCCCUGGUGCUCUGGCUCAACGGAGGUCCUGGAUGCUCUUCGGUGGCGUAUGGAGCAUCUGAAGAAAUAGGCCCGUUCCGGAUUAAACCAAACGGGACAGGCCUCUUUCUCAACAAGUACUCAUGGAACAGAGAAGCAAACCUUCUCUUCCUCGAGUCGCCGGCCGGGGUGGGCUUCUCCUACACGAACACCACCUCGGAUCUCAAGACAAUGGGCGACGAGAGAACUGCUCAAGAUGCACUGCAGUUCUUGAUCAGUUGGAUGUCACGGUUCCCGCAGUAUCGGCACCGGGAUUUCUACAUAGCUGGAGAAAGUUAUGCUGGUCACUACGUCCCCCAACUGGCAAGGAAGAUUGUUGAGUACAACAAGGCUUCGCUAUACCCCUUCAUCAACCUGAAGGGAAUCCUUGUUGGCAAUGCAGUCACCGACAACUACUACGACAACAUCGGCACGGUCACCUACUGGUGGACGCACGCCAUGAUCUCUGACCGCACCUACAAGGCCAUCCUCAAGUCGUGCAACUUCAGCAGCACCAACAUCUCCCGCUUCUGCAACCGCGCCAUGAACUACGCCAUGAACCAAGAGUUCGGAGACAUUGACCAGUACAGUAUCUACACUCCGUCCUGCGCCGCGGCCAGGUCCAAUGCCACCGUGCUCAGGUUCAAGAGCACCCUCAUCCGACGGCGAUCCUUCGGCUACGACCCCUGCACGGAGACCUACGCCGAGAAGUACUACAACAGGCUGGACGUGCAGAAGGCAAUGCAUGCAAACACCACGAGGAUCCAAUACAGAUGGACUGCCUGCAGUGAUGAGCUGAUCAAGACAUGGCAAGAUUCAGAGUUCUCCAUGCUGCCCACAUACAAGAUGCUGAUGAAAGCUGGACUGAGGAUAUGGGUGUUUAGCGGCGAUACGGAUUCGGUCGUCCCAGUUACCGCUACAAGGUUUGCGAUCAGCCAUCUUGGUCUGAAGAUCAAGAUCCGUUGGUACCCAUGGUACUCGGCUGGACAGGUAGGAGGAUGGUCUGAGGUGUAUGAAGGGCUCACGUUCGCUUCGGUGAGGGGUGCAGGGCACGAAGUGCCGUUGUUUCAACCCAGGAGGGCGUUCAGGAUGUUCCAGUCGUUCUUGGUUGGGGAGCCAUUGCCCAAAUCCUGAAGGUUCCUGCCAAAACUGAUGUGUACCUGAUGUCUAGCUACAGUCUGAAGAAAAAAUGUAAAAGGUGGAUGAGAAGGUGAUGGGAGAGUGUUUGCAAGUAGAAAAUAAUUAGUAGUUGAUAGGCGUGCAGUUCAUAGCUGAGUAAUUGAUUGAUGUUGGAAAAAAGGAUGAGGGGGAUAAUAAGGAAUUAAGGAUGGUCAUGCCAUGGAAACCAUGAGCAUUGCGAUG